GAAAAGAGCACGAUCACUUGUCAUGUGGACUCGGGUGUUCGCUGAUUAACUGAUGGGAAGUCCCGUUUUUUUGUGUUGGUGACUAGUGACUGCCGACUGGUGUUGUAAUCUGUGAAAUGUGAAGCAAUUCUGUGUUUAGGUUAAGUGAGCUGUGAGAUUUUGUUACUCGUGAAGCUGUGAAUUUGAAAGGAGUUCAUUAUGAGUUCAAAAUUUACGUGCAUUACUUGUCGUGUUGCAUUUUUUGACUCUGAAGUCCAACGACAACAUUAUAAAACUGAUUGGCAUCGUUAUAACCUUAAAAGAAAAGUUGCAGAUCUGCCACCUGUCCCUGCCGAAGACUUUAAACUCCGAGUUUUAUUGCAGCGUGAACAAGACGAAGCCAAUGAAAAGAAUGACUCGGUUUAUUGUAAAGUAUGUCACAAAUCAUUUAAUUCUUCAAAAUCAUUUGAAAAUCAUUUAAAAUCGAAAAAACAUUUAGCACUUGGAAAGAAAUCACACGAAGACAAAGAUGUUGAACAGCUACAGCAGGAUUCAACCCAAAGUGAUAAUUCUCAUACUGUGAAAACUGAAUUUGUACCAUGCAGAAUUGCCUCAAAAUCUAGUUCAUCUGAAGAUGACUCUGACAUUGAAGAAGUUGAUUCUGAUGAAUGGAAUGAGGAAUUUAGUGAUAACAAUCCAAUUUUAAGGAAUGAUUGUCUAUUUUGUAAACAUCAUAGUGCGGCUAUGAUGAAAAACUUAAAGCACAUGACAUUGGCUCAUUCAUUUUUUGUGCCUGACAUUGAAUAUGUCACAGACAUGAAAAGGCUGUUGUGUUACUUAGGUGAAAAAAUUAUUCAAGGUUACAUGUGUCUUUGGUGUAAUGAUCGUGGAAAAGCUUUUCACUCAGCUGAAGCUGCACAACAGCACAUGAUUGAUAAAGGUCAUUGUAAAAUGCUCCAUGAAGGAGAGGCAUUGUUAGAGUACUCAGAUUAUUACGAUUACAGCUCGAGUUAUCCUGACAAUUUUGUAAAUAAUAGCAGUGGAUUAGAUGAUGAAGUGGAAAUUCCAGUCAUUGAAGAUGAAGACUCUCAACUCGUCCUUCCUUCUGGAACAGUCAUUGGCCAUAGGUCUCUUUUGCGUUAUUACAGGCAAAAUCCAAACCGUAUAAUUUUGGCAUGCAGGAAAAGUAUCAAACCCGUUCUAAUCCAGUAUAAAGCUCUUGGAUGGACCGAAACUGACAAGAAUGCUGUUGCAAGGAAAGCACGAGAUUUGAGGUUUAUGAGACAGGUCCAAUCCAAAUACAACAUGAAACUGGGAAUAAAAGCUAAUAGUUUGAGCAUCAAGAGACCUCAAGUUAACUAUUAAGCUAUAGCUAUUAAGUUAACUAUUUGAAGUUGACAUUAGAUUGUUAAAAAUCUAUUUAAAAAAAAAAAAAAAAAAACAUAUUAUAAAAUGUCAUACUUUGGUUUUGAUUUAGUUUCAAGUUUUGUUCUAUUAAGUUACUCUUAAAAGAUAUUGAUAUAUUCAACUUACCUCUAAAGCUAAGUGAGACCAUCAAUCUAAGAACACUCCCUCUAAUAAACAAUUUUUAAAGCAUUUAAUACAUUAUAAACUUGUUCUUAUUUUCCAUGAUCAUCAUACCAAGGUAAUUUGAAGUCUGUUCACCCCAAUGCUGCAGGAACUAUUAUCACGUGAUCAGGACACAAUGAGGAUAAAGCUGUGCGUUGUCUUACAAUCAACCAAUUUCUUAUGUCCAGUACUCUGAGAAACAUGACUGUAAAUCUUAGUUGUUAGGCUUAUAAGGCCAGUGUCAUGACUGUUAUCAAGGUUUUCCAGUCAAUACUGUUUUAAAAAAAGUUAACAAAAUUAAAUUUGUUUUACAAUAUUUUAGCUUUACUGUGAAGAAUCUGUCUUCAGUAAACAAGUGUUAAGCAAGAGCAUAUUGCAUUUUAUAUAUAUAAAUCAUUUUGUGCACAUUUUGGGAAACUAUUGUCAAUCUUAUUAGCCUGAUGAAAGGAAGAAUUUGUAAAAUGAAUUGUUCUUGAUACAUAGUUGAACGAUUACCUAUAAAUUAAAGCAGCGAUAUAUACAGUAAGAUAUUCCACACAACCCAAAGUGCCUAUUAAAUCCUUUUUAUUGUGUAGAAUACCUAACUUAUUGAAACAGAGAAAAUGGUGUUUUCAAUCACCAUGUACAAGCAAAUCAGCUGACGCUUGAAUGCAAGUGAGAGGGAACGUUAAAUUUUGUAUACACCCCGGCUCUUGUGUAUUUUUUCUGUUUCAAAUAUAAAAACCUCUCAUGUCAUUAAUUUGGUUAGAAUAACCUGCCAUCUGCAUGUUCACGUCUAGGUCAACAAAAACAGUUCUCCGUGCACUCAGUGAGUUGCUGCUGCCAGAAUUAAUAGUUAGGGGAAUGCCGGCCUUGUGACUAUCCAGCAAGAUGAGACUUACUCUGAGUGUCUGUAGACAUUAAUAAAACUUUUCCGAUUCAGCAAAUCUAAUGAUGAAGGAGCAGGCAAAUCGCUGCUCUUUGCUUUUGUUCCCGACAAGCAUAGAUUUUUCAAAACCCAAGAAUUCAUCCUGCAGUUUUAUAAAAGAAAAAGUACAAUAACUGUUAUAUGCUAUUAAAGAUGUUUAAGAACAGAGUUUAAACUUCAUUCACACUGUAACAAGGUUUUAGCUGCUGUUACUUUACAAAUUUAAGUGUUUAAUUGUAUACCUAAAAAUAUGGAUAUAUUUUAAAUCAAAAUUGUAUAUUUAUAAUUAUGUAUUUAUACUAAUAUACAUUGUUACUGAAUAUUUCACACUACUUAAUAUAUUACUAAUGAAUAAAGAUGUUACAUUUACAUGGUCAGUGCAGUUAAACUAAAACAAACCACAUAUGAAGUGCAGUGUGUAAUAGUAUCCAGUUCGAUUAGUGUUGAAACAUAUUUUUAUGUGUUUUAGUGUCUAACAUCAUUGCGAGUUAAAAGUGCAAAAGUACAGUGUUGAAUCGGAUUACCAUCUGUACAGACAAUAUAAUGUACACAAGCACUCAUAACAACAAUCUCAGAUGAUCAGUAUCAUACAGUGGUUAAAUAUUAUAAUUAAUAAGUAAUUGAAGUGUUGUGUAAUGUAUUUUAUGUAAUUCUUCUGUAAUAUAUGUUAAAUAUAUUUGAUAGUUUGGAUUAAUAUUCCAGGUUGUUACUUCGGUGUGGAGUUUACUUGUUGUGGUGAUAUUUUUCUACUUUAUGUAAAGUUUUGCUUGUAAAAUAAAUAUAUUUUAUUGCCAAAAAAGGAUAAAAAAUAAAUGUAUGUUUGUUGUAAGUUUA